CCGCAGCCCCUCUGCCCCCUCCCGGCCAGUUCCAGCUCGCCGCUGCUGCAUGGGGCGCCGCCGGCGGCCGAGGGAGCGUGACUGCGCUGCGCAGGGCGCUAGGAGGCAUUGUCGCCGUCCCUUUAUGAGCAGCAGACCAGCCUGGUGGCUGGCAGCAGGACACCUGAGUCUGCAUGCUGAGGAAGAUGGGUGAGGCUGUGGCCAGAGUUGCGAGGAAGGUCAACGAGACAGUGGAGAGCGGCUCCGACACCCUGGACCUGGCCGAGUGCAAGCUGGCUUCCUUCCCCAUCGGCAUCUACAAGGUCCUGCGAAAUGUCACAGACCAGAUCCACCUCAUCACGCUGGCCAACAACGAGCUCAAGUCCCUCACCAGCAAGUUCAUGACCACGUUCUGUCAGCUCCAAGAGCUCCACCUGGAAGGGAACUUCCUGCACGGCCUCCCCAACGAGGUCAGCACCCUACAGCACCUCAAGGCCAUCGACCUGUCCCGGAACCAGUUCCACGACUUCCCUGAGCAGCUCACCACCCUGCCUGCGCUGGAGACCAUCAAUCUGGAGGAGAACGAGAUCGUGGGGGAGCCCUCCCAGCCUUCCAACAGCAGCCGGCCCCCAUGCCAGAAUGGGAGUGAUGCCGAGGCCAACACUGCCGCAAACCUCACCUUCUCCUCCUACUACCAGCACUCCUCCCUGGUGGCCGCCAUGUUCAUUGUGGCCUACGUGCUCAUCUUCCUCCUCUGCAUGGUGGGCAACACCCUGGUCUGCUUCAUUGUGCUCAAGAACUGGCACAUGCGCACCGUCACCAACAUGUUUAUCCUCAACCUGGCCGUCAGCGACCUGCUGGUGGGCAUUUUCUGCAUGCCCACCACCCUUGUGGACAACCUCAUCACUGGGUGGCCCUUCGACAACGCCACAUGCAAGAUGAGCGGCUUGGUGCAGGGCAUGUCCGUGUCAGCUUCUGUUUUCACACUGGUGGCCAUUGCCGUGGAAAGGUUCCGCUGCAUCGUGCACCCUUUCUGAGAGAAGCUGACCCUGCGGAAGGCGCUGGUCACCAUCGCGGUCAUCUGGACCCUGGCCCUGCUCAUCAUGUGCCCCUCGGCCGUCACGCUGACCGUUACGCGCGAGGAGCACCACUUCAUGGUGGACGCCCGCAACCGCUCCUACCCGCUCUACUCGUGCUGGGAGGCCUGGCCCGAGAAGGGCAUGCGCAGGGUCUACACGGCCGUGCUCUUCUCGCACAUCUACCUGGCGCCGCUGGCGCUGAUCGUGGUCAUGUACGCGCGCAUCGCCCGCAAGCUGUGCAAGGCCCCGGGGCCUGCGCGCGCCGGCGAGGAGGCGACCGGGGAGGGCGGCCGCGGCGCCAGGCGCAGGGCCCGGCUGGUGCACAUGCUGGUCAUGGUGGCGCUGUUCUUCACGCUGUCCUGGCUGCCUCUCUGGGCCCUGCUGCUGUUCAUCGACUACGGGCAGUUGAAAGAGCCGCAGCUGCACCUGGUCACCGUCUACGCCUUCCCCUUAGCCCACUGGCUGGCCUUCUUCAACAGCAGCGCCAACCCCAUCAUCUACGGCUACUUCAAUGAGAACUUCCGCCGCGGCUUCCAGGCCGCCUUCCACGCCCAGCUCUGCCCACCGCCGUGGGGGAGCCACCGGGGGCGUCCCAGAGGGCUCCUGUGCACGCGGGUCUUCGUGGAGGUGCAGCCCAGCGACUCGGGCCUAGCCUCCGAGUCGGGCCCGAGCAGCGGGUCCCCCAGGCCCGGCCUCCUCCCGCUGCACAGUGGCCUCGUGGCCCCCCCUGGCUUGGCCGCUGAGGGUCCCGGCUUUUUCCAUACGCCCCUCACCAUACCAGCCUGGGACGUUUGAGUGGGACAUGGAGGG